AUGUUCGAAAAAGCAGCGCAGCAUCACGCGUCCACCCCUCUCGGCAGGAUCCUUGCACUGUUUCACGACGACGUUGGUACUUACGGGGAGCUCGACGAAUUUGCCAACCCAAUGCUGUCGUUCGCUGGAGCAUGGUACUAUCGUCCUGAACACGAGAAUGAGAAUCCAUUGACGGGCUCAACCUUCUGGCGUAUCACCCAUCAACCGCAAUGGCUCAGCAUGGAGUGGUUCAAGAGAAGCGACUACUCACCUAUUCGCUUAGAGGCACACCCGGAUUUGGAAAACUCAGGCGCGAAAUGGCGUGCGGCAUUUGAAGAUCUGCUAUGUGUAUCUCUAGGCAAGCCAAUGGAUGCGAAGAAAAACUACGCCUUGCAGCUGCAAACAUCAAAAUACCCCAAUCCGACACUGCUCGGUCCUGGUAUGCGAUGGCUGGCCGAUCUGCAGGGACGAGGGGUUCUACCACCUCUUCUCCCUCGCACCUAUAGCUCUUUUCAAGCUCGGAAUAUGCGCACACUCGAUGAGGUUAUGCGGCUUGUACACGAAUCCCGAGCAGACAUACCCCUAGGCUCCGAUCAUGCAGUUCUUUCUUGUAGUGAAACGGAGCAAGAUCUCUCAGACAUGAUCUCAGAACUUGUGGUAGAUCCUGUUCAAGCACGGGAGUUACGCAAGAAUGGAACCGAUGCCGAGACAUGGACAGAGCUAGAUAUGUACGAUCGAUUAUCAUCUUCAUCGUCAAGUGUAUGGUCCUCUCAUGUGUCAAAGCACGCUGAGAGUACUGUCGACUCAGACAAUCAACAUUGUCGAGGAGAUGGUGCUCGCCGCACAGCGCACGAUGCAGAAGGCUCCGAGGAUGAUCUCUUCAAGAUUCUCACCAAUGUGAUGAGCCAAGAAGUAAAUUAUCACACUAGGACACACACAAGCGCUGCUCAUGGAGGGCUGCAUUCAGAGGACGCAGAUGACUGGGAGUCUGAUCACGGAAAUGCCGACAAUGAGGAAGAGCCGACGUCGUCAGCGGGAGCAAUCAAGCCAAAUGUCCUGUCAACCCUUACCACUACUGAGACAAUUCGUCUACCAGAUGGUACCGUCACAACAAAGGUCGUCUUAAAGCAACGCUUUGCAGAUGGACGGGAAGAGACUUCCGAACGUUCACAUACUUACCGAGAAGAGUCUGAGGCGCGCGAGGAGAAGGCGAGCAAAAAGGGCUGGUUCUGGGCAUGA